UGCACAAAUAACCCACAACACCCAUAUAAAAUCACACAACAAACGCAUAGUACGAGUAUUUUUUACUUUGAAGUUAAUAUUAUUUUAAAACUGUGGUUUUUGAUCACCAACUGCAGAAAUUUGUGAUCCUCUAAUUACAAGAACAUGUCUGUGACAGUUUACCUUAUGUUCUUACUAUGUACUGUUUGGUUUUGUUUUGUAGGUCAUCACUGACAGUCUGUAUUUAACUGAUGAUAGAAAUGUGGCAAUUUUUCCAAAUGCUGAAGGGUCUUUCAGUUCAUUGGAUUUGACCUUUAGGGCCCACUAUGAGGUCCAUGGGGAUUCUUUGGAGACCUCUACAAACAGCCCAGCAACCUCUGCAUUUGCCUCAAUGCCAGGUCAGCGACGCUUCUCUUUCACAAGGCCAUCACAAUCUGCAUCUGCAACAACAGCCCAUGCAUGCCGAACCUGGACAAGAGCAAUAAAUGUUGCAGAGGUGCAAGAUGGGAAACCUGUCCCAAAAAGUGUUGUUAUGGUGCGGUUUUCGGAGUCUGAGGCCAACGUCCCAGGCAUUGUUCAGAAGCUUCAAGUGGACUUAAGGGCUACAGAACCUCCUGUUUUGCUGGAUGCUAAUUGGAACGAAAUAAUGGAUUCUGAGGGGACACGUGGUUCUCCAUAUUGGAGACAAAACUCCAGAAAAAUUAAUGCAAUGCUCAUUAGUCAGUUUGCCAAGCUUCAUCAUCGCCAAAAAAGGAUGAGGGAAGAAGAUUCUGGAUUAAGGGAUAUUUUGGAUAAGAUUGAGGAGGUUUUGGAGGCAUCGCAUGGUCUAGAGGGUGUUGCUGCUACACUUCGAGAGCUCACCACACUGGCCACAAGGGACAGAAACCAAGUCAACACACAGCAGGCAUUGCAUCUCAAACAGGCUUUUACCUGCCUUGUUUGUAGAGACAUCAUCAGUGAACCUGUGCUGUCUGAGUGUUGCCGGAGCCUUGUUGGCUGUAGAGGUUGCAUAGAACAGUGGGCAUCAACUUCAAACCAGUGCGUGAAGUGCAGGUCUGAGUUCUCUAUGAACAACAUCAUCAGGGUAGUUGGUCUGUCAGCUGUUUUAGAUGUUGUGAAAGAGCUUGAAAGUAGAAGUGUAUAAAUGCUUUAAUCUUUUUUCUCGAGUUUGUGAAAUUCAACUGGUUACAGGUUGUCAAAUUAUACACAGAAAAAUUGUUCCCUAGUAAUGUUUGUUUAACAUGUGUUAUGUAGUUUUGUUUCACAGUAAGACUAUGUUCAUGUUAAGUAUUUCAAGGUUGCAGGAUGCACACACGCAUUCCAAGGCAAACAACAAGACAAGUUUUGAUUAAGCUGUUUUAUUUGCCUGUCCUCAGUUAAAAAUUACAAUUGUAUUUAACCAUUUAAUAACUGUGAAAAUAAAAAAUUUACAAACGUUUACGAACUUGUUUUAUAACAGUUAUCAAACUAUAAUCUCUUAUAAAUCUUUACAAAGAAUGCAUGGGAGUACACAGACCUGCUUUAAUGAUUGGAAUAUCUGUGAGUAAUAUUGAUAAGGGACAUAACUGCUUCCUGGAAAACUCUGUAAUUGUUGUUAAUUACAUCGUUGUACAGAAUGGACAGGUCAG